AUGAAGGCGCACAAGGUGAAAAAGGCGGGCGAUGGCGGCAAGGCGAAGGGCAACACCGGAGAGGGAGGCUCCACUUUGGUGAAUCUGAAAAUAAGGAACGAAAACAUCCACGUAAAGAAUAUCGUACGAACAAUACAUUACGUGUAUAACAAUAGGUACGAUAGCGACACGGGAUUCUCCUACAUAAAAGACAUCCUUAAAAACAUCAUUAAGGGGAAUGUAUACGAUGUGAAGCACAAGCGGUAUGUAAACGAAUAUUGCAUUUAUGAGCUCUGCGCGAGGAUAGUACUAAACAUGGUGAGGAGCAAUGCUAAGGAUGAAAAUUUUAACAAGAUGAUGGAGUUCCUGUUUGACAUCCUCUACUACUGCGAUGUGCUGCUCAGUGAGAGGGCCAGUCGCAAGGGGGGAAGAAGCACCGCAGCGAGGGGCUAUGUCAGCGGUGGUGCCAGUGGUGCUAUUAGCGGCAACGACAACGGCGCUUCCAGCGGUGGGAAGGACACAAUCCAGGAGUAUGAACUUAUCGCCAAGUUCUGGAACCGACUCCUAGACAACAUAUUCAUCAAGGACAGGAAGCAGAGAAUCAACUUAUGUAGAGUGAUGAAAGCGCUGGUGAAGAAGGCGUGCGCUUUGCAGAUAGAUGUAUCAAACAAAUUGUGCAAAAAACAUGUGAACAUUUUUUUAUCCCUUCUGAAUGAUAAGGACCAUAAUAUUCGGAUUCUGUGUCUAACCAUUUUAGAACCCUUUCAGGAUUUCAAUACGACAGCUAGCUACCUCCGAUGUCUUGAUGAUUCUCAUAAUGCAGUCCGAAUACACGCCAUUAAAAAUAUAGCCAUCUACCCAGAUGACACAAACGGGGGGAUCAACAGCAGGAAUAACUACGACCACUUGAUUGUCCUGAAAAAUUUUCUUGUCAGAAUAAAUGAUACCAAUCCGAAUGUUAGAAUAAGUGUGUAUGAGAAGUUAAAAAACCAUUAUUUUUUCAUCCCAUCGGACAUGAAAUUUGAGUUGCUAUUAUCUGGACUUAACGAUAAGGAUAACUCUGUGCGGCAGAGUUGUUACAGCAUGAUUAUCCACUGGGUCCAGCACUUCGAUGACAAGAUAGAGAAUCUGCUUCUCCACUUAAUCAACAGCGACAUUGAUAAUGACCUAAUUGUGGAGCAAAUAUGCAAAAUUCACCUGAACAGUAUUAGAAAUGGUGUAAUCAGAAGUGGCAGCAUCGAAUUCGACGACAUGAAGAAGAGAUCAUCAUCCGUUGCUGCAUUUCCAGCGGAACGACAAAGCAAUGAAAGUAGGAAGGAACUGGGAAGCGAAGACAACCCACGUAAGGGCCACAAUAAUGACGAUACUUCUCACAAUAGUGAUAGGAAUAGCCCCUAUGGAGAGGCCUGGUAUACCCACUGCAUAAACAACCUGUUCUUGCUAAACGCGGCGGAGCUAUACAUGCUUCGAAUCUACGUUCAGCACUUUUGCGACGAACAAGAGAAGGAAAAAAUCGAUGCACUGAAGGUGAUAAAUGCCGUGUACUACUACAUGCAUCUGAGCCGCUUCAAUGAGAAGGUUUACUAUAACAGAAAGAACUAUAUUAACUGCAUCGAAAAUAAUGAGAGUGAUCAGGCGGAUAAUCUCCACCUGUUCUGCACGUGUGGGAAGGGUAAGACGGAUAUAAAGGCACUGGAGGAGGAAAGGAAAAGGCAGUUCAUGGAGAGCUCCAUUUUCGACGACGAGUUCUGUGAUAAGUGCAUGUAUUACCGUGCUGUGUGUAGUAGCCCAGAUGGCGUGAAUAGUGAUCCGGAUGACACUUUGGCCAAUCGCACAGAGAGCGAAGGGGCAACCGGCCCCGGCGAGCACGUCCUCAUCAAUGAAGACAACAUCAACGAGAAUUAUAACUACAUAUGCAACAUGAAGAACCUGCUGCUGAUUUGCAGAUAUUUAGAUAUCAUCGAGACGUACCAAGUGGAUAAGAUCCUCAAAUGCUGCUGCACCGUGUUGUUGCGAGGUCCCCUCCGAGAGGUCAUCAUCAAAUGUAUGCUGAACAAUACGGGGGUCAAUUACUACAAACUGCAGAAGGGACACAUCACGUGUGCCUACUGGCUGAGCAGCAGUUAUGUAUACGCCUGUCUGGAGCUACUCCGACAGAUGGUCUAUAUAAAGAACAAAGACUACGAUGCGAAUGACGUGGAAAUUAGCCUCACCAAUCAGAUACUGGGCAUCAUCUCGGAGAUUAAGGAGCCGUUCGAAAACCCGGAGAGUGAGAGCCCCUUCACGGUGGACACGGUCAACUUUGCAGAGGAGGAGGAAAAGCAGUGUCAAACGCAGGCGCGGCUGGAAGGUUCCCCUCGAAAUGGGGCAGAGGGUUCCCCUAAACUGGCUGCAAAGGGGAACGCCGCAACCCAGCAGGCGGAGAAGAACCCCCUGGCGGCGCUGUUCAACAACAUCCUCAACGUGGAAAACGACACCAUCUUUGACAUCAUCAGGAAAAAGAGACUAAGCACGCUGUCGAUAGAGCACCUCUUAAUCCUCUGCAGGAAGAUGCAGCACAAGCUAGACGUCACCGAAGCGAAAAUAAAAGAUUUAACCGAGAUGGAUCAGGAGCGGUCUGCUGAAGAAGUGAAGUGGUCUCCUAAACGAGAUGACCAGAAGGGGGGUAGCAACCAUCCACUCUUCGCAUUCCAUGACCAGAUCAGAUUACACACACAGAUAUUCCUAAAGCAGAUAACCAUGUUGAGUUUGCUACGACUGGAACUUAAGAGAAGGUGGCUGAGAAUCUUGUUCAUAUUGGAAUGCUUCCUAUGUAAGAGUAAAUCUCAUUGUUCAUUCGAUUCAGCUCUGCGUGAAUUCCCAAACGAGUUGUUACUGCCCGCAUUGAAUUUCUGUUGCUCCAUAAUGCCAGAGUGGGAUGACAAAGAGAUAGAGGAUCAGUUUUACGACAUCAUUGUUUCGAAAUGUCUGGGCAACUGGUGUAUGUUCAUAAGUAACGACGACGAAUUGAAGAAGCAGAUUUAUGCCUACAAAACGGCCAUAGUAGACACCUGUGAAGUACUGAAUAACUGCCUUCUUAGCAUUGAAAGCAUUCACGCCAAGGUAUGUCCCAGUGUGUACCAGAAGGCCAACAUCGAUUUGAUGACUCAAGCCGAAAGGGGCAUUAAUAAAGUCGGCGCUGCGGGGAAUGUAACACAGCAGGGAGGGGCUCCGCAGGAUGAUGACACGAAUCAGCGAAGAGGAGCAUACGAUGAGGAUGCAAAUAGCCAAUUCCUCUUCUAUGAAUAUAACCCUCCAAAUGAGUCCUUAUUGAACUACUUUGCGACUAAUCAGAAUGCUUGGUAUGGAUAUAAGGAGUUGCUGGAAAAAUUAGAAAUCAAUUCUCUGCGGUGCGAAAUAUACAUUUGCGUUUUGGGAGACUUACUCAUGACACACCCCAAUUUAAACAAUGAUAAACUGAUCAUCGAUGCGAUUGAAAAUAUUUGGAGCUACCUAAGUGGCACUGUGAACACGAGCAAAUACAUUCAAUCGAUCUGCCUGCGAGUAUUCUGCAAGCUCCUCUUAACUGAAUAUCUGGGGAACCACAUUUACCGAUUGUCCAAUGAGGAGAUGCACAGAAUGGUGAGAAGAUCGUCCACUAAAUUAAGAGCUCUGUUCGAAAUGUGCUUUCUCCUAUCUCCCUCUACCUACAAUUGCGUCCAAGACUUCAAAAAAAUUAGUACAUUUAACAUAACGAAUAUAAAUGCGCAUGAUAAGCUGUUUCUCUUCUCUGUGUUCUCUAUGUACCCCUCCAUGAGUGAGACAAAUCUGCUAGUCUUCCAUUUUACCUUUGAGGAAGUGCUACUAAAAACCUGCGACGGGGUGUUGAAGCAUAAACUAAGAACAAUCAACUAUACCAACAUCCUCACCUUUAUUAUAUUCACCAUUCUGCACAAGGCGAAUAUACACUUCCUCGUCGCGCAUUUCCCCAAGUACAUAAAAUCGAUUCUACUCGUCAUCAUUGAGAAGGGCGUCGCGCUGACUAGCCGUUCCAACAUUGUCGAACUGGUAUACAAAAUUAUACAGAUUUAUCUUUUUCACGACCUGGGCGACGUCCGGGGGAGGGGCACCUCCGCAGCGGCAGUCUCGGCUUCUACCCCCGCCCUCACCGCCGAUCAGGGAAGUGCCAACGCGGGCGGGUCGGCCGAACCCAGGGAAGUGAAAAAACGAGGCAGGAAAAAAAAAAACGCACCACCUCCUGAAGAGGCAAACGAGAAAAAAGAAGCAGACCAUGGAGAAGACAGCCUAAAGACGCAUACCAAUUUCGAAAUCGAAAUGGAACAAGCCGAAAGAGCAGCACAGGAGGAAAAGUCCCAAAAGGGAGACAAUAAAAACUACACCAUUUUCUUCAAGAGUGCCCUGACCGAUGUGAAUACCACCAUCAAGGAUUUAAAGACAUUCUAUGUCCUCAUCAAUUUCUGUAUGCACUCCAGUGAUAUUAUAAAAUCGAAAAAUGAAAUCAGAUUGUGUGAAGCAUUGAAGGAAUGUCUGCAGAAAAAGAUCGACGAGGUCAGGACCUACUUCGUACAAAGGAACCUUGUUGUUGGUGCUCCAGCCGAGGUAGAAGCCCCACCCAUGGGGAAUACAAAUACCCUUUUAAAUGUCGCCACAAUGGACGCCCUAAAGGAAGAAGCCAUUUACGAGGAAAUCAUCAAUGAGUAUGUUAACUACAUAGGAACGCUGCGGCAGAGGAAGUUUUCCUACCCAGUCAUUCCCAGGGGGGUGGAAGGCUGCAAUGAGGACGAGAUGUCCGCAGAAGAAAUCAUGGAACAGAUUGGCCAUCGCGCCAACGGGGACCGCUCAACCGAAUGCAUCUCUGAUCAUGUGCGCAUGGGCGAUGAUCCGUGUAGUGAGGUACCAAAUGGAAGCUAUGCACAGCUAUUCGAGAAAGCGACCAACUUUGCGCUUAAGGUGAAAUACCCGCCCGGUGAGCCUGCCCUCGAACACAAAGAAACGCAGGAUGAAUUCAUCGAUGCAAAUGAAGGGGCGUCAUCCUCCAUCAAAAACAGCUGCGAGACCAUCGAUGAGGCUAACAAGUUUAGCUCCCCCCCUGAUGAGAUUCUAGUCCCAGAUGUGAUCAGUGUGCCCAAGCUUGCCGCCGCCCGGAGCGACGAAACGAUUUUCCCCCACGAGAGGGAUGGCUCCACUUGCAUAGGCUACAACGGGGGGGAGGAAGCAGUGGAGGAGGCAGCCGUGGAGAAGACAUCCGUGGAGGAGGCAGCCGUGGAGAAGACAUCCGUGGAGAAGACAUCCGUGGAGAAGGCAGCCGUGGAGAAGACAUCCGUGGAAAAGGAAACCGCCGAAGAAACUCCCCUUAGGGAAGACCCCCACAACAGCAGCAGCAUAAAGCGAGAUAAACGAAACUCCCCGCGCAAGCUAACCGAACUGAACAUAAGUUCCAGCGAAGAAAGCGCCGCGGACGAGGACCACGCCUCAAGCAUGAACGACUUCGAGAGCGUGCGGGAUGCCGCCGAUUCUAACGACCACAGCAGUGAAAGCAGCGGAAGCAGCACGCACAGCAACGACUCCACCGCCAUGGCGUUUAAGCGAUUAAAUAAGUUGAAGCGCACCAGUUACUCGAACGUCGUUUCGAAGUGA